AUGUCCGACCCCAAUAACCCCAACACAAAGUCAAGAAACACUCCGCAGUGGUCGCUUUAUCGACGUGAAGCGUUUUGGGAUACUAAUCUCGGUCAAUUUCCACUCUUCAACACUGAUCCGACCGAGGUUGAGAGACUUGCCAAAGAGAAGCUGUCCCAAGGAGGAUGGUAUUACUCCUCUUGCAAUGCAGGUCUUUCAUGGACCCAUCUGGCGAAUCGCCAGGCAUUCUACCGCCACCGAAUUAUUCCACGUACUCUAGUCGACACCAACACCAGAGAUACCGCCACAGAAAUCUUCGGCCAUAAAGUCUCCGCUCCGAUCGGCUUUGCUCCCAUUGGAAUUAAUCGUAUCUACCACGCGACAGGCGAGCUAUCCGUUGCAAAAAUUGCAGAAGAACUGAAUCUCCCUUACUGCCUCUCAUCAGCCGGCAGUUAUAGCAUUGAAGACGUCGGCAGAGCCAACGGCAGCGGCCCGCGAUUCUUCCAAUUGUACCAAAGUCACGAUGACGAACUGGCUAUUUCAAUGAUGCAGCGUGCUUGGGACUCUGGUUUUGAUGCUUGUAUGCUUACUACGGAUACCUGGGCUCUCGGAUGGCGCCACAAUGACGUGUUCACGGGGAACUAUGCAUUUUAUCACGAGCAUGGUGCGGGUGACAUUGCUUUACAGGAUCCUGUUUUUCAAAAGCGUCUGAAGGAGGCCGGUAUUGAUCCUAAGCAGAAUCCUAAAGAGGCGGGCUCAAAGUGGAUUGAUGAGAAUAUUUGGCAUGGACGGGCUCAUACAUGGGAAAAGGUCAAGUGGACGAUGGCUCAAUGGAAGAGAAUCAGUGGUGGUAAGCCUUUUUGUUUGAAGGGUAUCCAAAGUGUUGAAGCGGCCAAGAAAUGUGUCGAAAUUGGAGUCGAUGGCAUUGUUGUUACGAAUCAUGCCGGUCGACAGGUUGACGGUGCCAUCGCAAGCCUUGAUGCCCUGGAGAAGAUUGUUGAAGCUGUUGGAGAUAGCAUAUAUAUCAUGUUCGACUCUGGCGUGCGUACGGCUGCCGAUGCUUUCAAAGCUCUCGCCCUCGGAGCAAAAUUCGUCUUCCUAGGUCGUCUAUGGGUAUGGGCACUUAGUAUUGCUGGCGAACAUGGUGUACGCCACAUCAUGAAGAGUUUCUUGGCCGAAUUCGAUCUUCUGAUGGAGGAAGCUGGUUUCCAAUCGAUUGAUCAGAUUGAUCGCUCGGCCAUCGACAGUCUUCCGAAUACUUCUAGCCUGAUCGCUGAGCAUGCAUGUAUAUAG